AGUUUCCUGACAUUGGGGAGGUGAAUAAACUGUUCCCAAGGUUUCAUUCUCAACACAAAGGAAACUCUCACUGACUUGACAUGUUCUGGUUUUGAAUUCAGGCUGCAAGGGGUCAUUGCUCGAAAAUGAGUCUCUCUGGGGAGAGAGAGGAGGGCGGCCAUGCCUCUAAAAUGAGUCUCUCUGGGGAGAGAGAGGAGGGCGGCCCUGCCUCUAAAAUGAGUCUCUCUGGGGAGAGAGAGGAGGGCGGCCCUGCCUCUAAAAUUAGUCUCUCUGGGAAACAUGACACCAAAGCUAAGAGCCCAAUCCAUCAGGAGAGACCAGACUCACCCAGCUGUCUGUCCGUGAAGAGUGACGGGUCUAUGGACCAUUUCUAUGAUUGCGAAGAUGGAGACUUUUCUGCAUUUACAGGUCCAAUCAAGCAGGAGAGACCAGCCUCCCCUGUUCCCAGCUGUGUGUCCAUGAAGAGUGACUGGUCUAUGAGUCAACCUAUACAGUUUAGAGAGGGAGAUUUUUCUACUGAACAAAGAAACCAACAGGAGAGAUCAGAGUCAGAGAUUCUCAGUGGUCAGUCUUCCCAGAGUCAUCAAACAGACCUGGACUCCAUAUUUAGUAUGCUUGAAGAUAAUAUAAUAACAUUUGUGAAGAACGAGCUGAAGAUGUUCAAGAGGAUUCUUAGUCCAGAACUCCCAGACGGCUUUGAGAGUCAGAAGCAGGAUAAGGAAGUGGUGGAUGCUGAAGAUGAGAAGCAGGAGAGCAGUGCCAGAGAGGGGGCUCUGAAGAUCACACUGCACAUCCUGAGGAAAAUGAACCAGAAGGAGCUUGCUGACACACUGGAGAAAUAUUCAGAUGAGCUCGCUGUGAUUUGCCAACUUGAACUCAAAUCUAAUCUAAAGAAGAAGUUUCAAUGUGUAUUUGAGGGGAUCGCUAAACAAGGAAACCCAACACUUCUCAAUAAUAUCUACACAGAGCUCUACAUCACAGAGGGUGGAACAGGAGAGGUCAAUAAUGAACAUGAGCUGAGACAGAUUGAGACAACAAACAGGAAAAAAGCAAGACCAGAGACUGCAAUAAAAUGUAAUGACAUCUUCAAACCCUUAACGGGACAAGACAAACCUAUCAGAACUGUGCUGACAAAGGGAGUCGCUGGCAUUGGAAAAACAGUCUCUGUGCAGAAGUUCAUUCUGGACUGGGCUGAAGGAAAAGCAAAUCAGGAUGUCCAAUUUGUAUUUUCAUUCCCUUUUCGGGAGCUGAAUUUGAAGAAAGGGGACAAACACACUUUCAUUGAACUUCUCAAUCACUUCUCAAUGGAAACCAAACAAUCAAUCUCCAACUUCGACAAGUACAACGUUCUGUUCAUCUUUGAUGGUCUGGAUGAGUGCCGACUGCCCCUAGACUUCCAGAAGAACAAAAUCUGUUGUGACGUCACAGAGUCAACCUCAGUGGAUGUUCUGCUGACAAAUCUCAUCAGGGGAAAUCUGCUUCCCUCUGCUCUCCUCUGGAUAACUACCCGACCUGCAGCAGCCAAUAAGAUCCCUUCAGAAUGUGUUGACCAGGUGACAGAGGUACGAGGGUUCAAUGAACCACAGAAGGAGGAGUACUUCAGGAAGAGAUUCAGUGAUGAGGACCUGGCCAGCAGAAUCAUCUCACACAUAAAGACAUCAAGGAGCCUCCACAUCAUGUGCCACAUUCCAGUCUUCUGUUGGAUUUCUGCAACAGUCCUUGAACACAUGCUGAAACAUAAGAGAGAAGAGAUGCCCAAGACUCUGACUGAGAUGUACACACACCUUGUGGAGUUUCAUACCAAACAGAAGAAUGAAAAGUAUCUUGGGAAUGAAGAGACAGGUCCACACCGGAAUAAAGAGAGCAUUCUGUCACUGGGAAAACUGGCUUUUCAACAGCUUUUGAAGGGCAAUCUGAUUUUCUAUGAAGAAGACCUGAAAGAGUCUGGCAUUGAUGUCAAUGAAGCCUCAGUGUACUCAGGAUUGUGCACACAACUCUUUAAAGAGGAAUGUGUGCUGUACCAGGACAAGGUGUACUGCUUCGUACAUCUGAGCAUUCAGGAGUUUCUGGCUGCUGUAUAUGUGUUCCUCUCAUUCAUCAACAACAAUGAGAAUCUAAUGGACAAACUGCAAACAAACGACGAGCCUGAAAUUGCUUUCUACAAGGGUGCUGUCGAUAAAGCCUUACAAAGUGAGACGGGAAACCUGGACCUUUUCCUUCGCUUCCUUCUGGGCCUCUCACUGGAGUCCAAUCAGAAGCACUUACGAGGUCUACCGACAAAGACAAGAAGCAGCCCACAGAGCCAUGAAGAAACAAUCAAGUACAUCAAGGAGAAGAUCAGGGAGAAUCCCUCUCCAGAGAGGAGCAUCAAUCUGUUCCACUGUCUGAAUGAACUGAAUGACCAUUCUCUAGUGGAGGAGAUCCAAAGAUACCUGAGAUCAGGAAGUCUCUCUAAGUUCAAACUGUCACCUGCACAGUGGUCAGCUCUGGUCUUUGUGUUGCUGACUUCAGAAAAGGAGCUGGUUGUGUUUGACCUGAAGAAAUACUCCAGAUCAGAGGAAGGUCUUCUGAGGCUGCUGCCAGUGGUCAAAGCCUCCCGAGCUGUUCUGCUGUCAGGCUGUGGAGUCACAGAGGAAGGCUGUGCUUCUCUGGUCUCAGCUCUGAAGUCAAACCCCUCACACCUGAGAGAGCUGGACCUGAGUAACAAUGACCUGAAGGAUUCAGGAGUGAAGCUGCUCUCUGCUGGACUGGGGAAUCCCCACUGUAAACUGGAGACUCUGAGGCUGUCAGGCUGUCUAGUCACAGAGGAAGGCUGUGCUUCUCUGGUCUCAGCUCUGAGGUCAAACCCCUCACACCUGAGAGAGCUGGACCUGAGCUACAAUCACCCAGGAGACUCAGGAGUCAGACUGCUCUCUGCUGGACUGGAGGAUCCACACUGCAGACUGGAGAAACUCAAUGUGGAACAUGGUGGAGAGAACAGAAUGAAACCUGGACUUAGAAAAUAUGUCUGUGAUCUCACACUGGACCCAAACACAGUAAACAGACUCCUCUCUCUGUCUGAGGAGAACAGAAAGGUGACAUGUAGGAGAAAGAAGCAGCCGUAUCCUGAUCACCCAGAGAGAUUUGAGAACUGUGAACAGGUGAUGUGUAGAGAGGGUCUGACUGGGCGCUGUUACUGGGAGGUAGAGAGGAGUGGGAGAGGGGCUGGUAUAGUAGUGACAUAUAAAGGAAUCAGCAGGAGAGAAGGGGGUAAUGACUGUGGUCUUGGAUGGAAUGGCAAGUCCUGGAGUUUGGUCUGCACUGACAACCGUUACUAUGCCUGGCACAAUAAAAAUCGGACUACCAUAGACGUCCGCCCCUCCAGCCCCUACAGAGUAGGAGUGUAUCUGGACUGGCCAGCCGGCACUCUGUCCUUCUAUAGAGCCUCCUCUGACACACUGACCCACCUGAUCACAUUCACCUCCACAUUCACUGAGCCCCUCUAUCCAGGGAUUAGGGUUUGGGGUGAUGACUCCUCAGUGUCAAUAAUCACCUCUGUGUUAUUUCUUCAUUCAGAUGAGCUUGCUGUGAUUUGCCAACGUGAACUCAAAUCUAAUCUAAAGAAGAAGUUUCAAUGUGUAUUUGAGGGGAUCGCUAAACAAGGAAACCCAACACUUCUCACUAAGAUCUACACAGAGCUCUACAUCACAGAGGGUGGAACAGGAGAGGUCAAUAAUGAACAUGAGCUGAGACAGAUUGAGACAACAACCAGGAAACAAGCAAGACCAGAGACUGCAAUCAAAUGUAACGACAUCUUCACACCCUUAACUGGACAAGACAAACCUAUCAGAACUGUGCUGACAAAGGGAGUCGCUGGCAUUGGAAAAACAGUCUCUGUGCAGAAGUUCAUUCUGGACUGGGCUGAAGGAAAAGCAAAUCAGGAUGUCCAAUUUGUAUUUUCAUUCCCUUUUCGGGAGCUGAAUUUGAUGAAAGAGGACAAACACACUUUCAUUGAACUUCUUAAUCACUUCUCAAUGGAAACCAAACAAUCAAUAAUCUCCAACUAUGACAAGUACAAAGUUCUGUUCAUCUUUGAUGGUCUGGAUGAGUGCCGACUGCCCCUAGACUUCCAGAAGAACAAGAUCUGUUGGGACGUCACAGAGUCAACCUCAGUGGAUGUUCUGCUGACAAAUCUCAUCAAGGGAAAUCUGCUUCCCUCUGCUCUCCUCUGGAUAACUACCCGACCUGCAGCAGCCAAUAAGAUCCCUUCAGGGUGUGUUGACCAGGUGACAGAGGUACGAGGGUUCAAUGACCCACAGAAGGAGGAGUACUUCAGGAAGAGAUUCAGUGAUGAGGACCUGGCCAGCAGAAUCAUCUCACACAUAAAGACAUCAAGGAGCCUCCACAUCAUGUGCCACAUUCCAGUCUUCUGUUGGAUUUCUGCUAUAGUCCUUGAACACAUGCUGAAACAUAAGAGAGAAGAGAUGCCCAAGACCCUGACUGAGAUGUACACAUACCUUGUGGUGUUUCAUACUAGACAGAAGAAUGAGAAGUAUCUUGGGAAAGAAGAGACAGGUCCACACUGGAAUAAAGAGAGCAUUCUGUCACUGGGAAAACUGGCUUUUCAACAGCUUGUGAAUGGCAAUCUGAUUUUCUAUGAAGAAGACCUGAAGGAGGCUGGCAUUGAUGUCAAUGAAGCCUCAGUGUACUCAGGAUUGUGCACACAGCUCUUUAAAGAGGAAUGUGGGCUGUACCAGGACAAGGUGUACUGCUUUGUUCAUCUGAGCAUUCAGGAGUUUCUGGCUGCUGUAUAUGUGUUCCUCUCAUUCAUCAACAACAAUGAGAAUCUAAUGGACAAACCUCAAACAACGUCCAGGAUAUUUUCUGUGAAGAAAAGACACAAGCCUAAAUUUACUGUCUACAAGAGUGCUGUGGAUAAAGCCUUACAAAGUGAGACAGGAAACCUGGACCUUUUCCUCCGCUUCCUUCUGGGCCUCUCACUGGAGUCCAAUCAGAAGCACUUACGAGGUCUACUGACAAAGACAAGAAGCAGCUCACAGAGCCAUGAAGAAACAGUCAAGUACAUCAAGGAGAAGAUCAGGGAGAAUCCCUCUCCAGAGAGGAGCAUCAAUCUGUUCCACUGUCUGAAUGAACUGAAUGACCAUUCUCUAGUGGAGGAGAUCCAAAGAUACCUGAGAUCAGGAAGUCUCUCAAAACCCAACCUGUCACCUGCACAGUGGUCAGCUCUGGUCUUUGUGUUGCUGACUUCAGAAAAGGAGCUGGAUGUGUUUGACCUGAAGAAAUACUCCAGAUCAGAGGAAGGUCUUCUGAGGCUGCUGCCAGUGGUCAAAGCCUCCAGAGAUGUUCUGCUGUCAGGCUGUGGAGUCACAGAGGAAGGCUGUGCUUCUCUGGUCUCAGCUCUGAGGUCAAACCCCUCACACCUGAGAGAGCUGGAUCUGAGUAACAAUGACCUGAAGGAUUCAGGAGUGAAGCUGCUCUCUGCUGGACUGGGGAAUCCCCACUGUAAACUGGAGACUCUGAGGCUGUCAGGCUGUGGAGUCACAGAGGAAGGCUGUGCUUCUCUGGUCUCAGCUCUGAGAUCAAACCCCUCACACCUGAGAGAGCUGGACCUGAGCUACAAUCACCCAGGAGACUCAGGAGUCAGACUGCUCUCUGCUGGACUGGAGGAUCCACACUGCAGACUGGAGAAACUCAAUGUGGAACAUGGUGGAGAGAACAGAAUGAAACCUGGACUUAGAAAAUAUGUCUGUGAUCUCACACUGGACCUAAACACAGUAGACAGAUGCCUCUCUCUGUCUGAGGGGAACAGAAAGGUGACAUGUAGGAGAGAGAAGCAGACGUAUCCUGAUCACCCAGAGAGAUUUGAGGACUAUAGACAGGUGCUGUGUAGAGAGGGUCUGACUGGGCGCUGUUACUGGGAGGUAGAGAGGAGUGGGAGAAGGGCUGAUAUAGGAGUGACAUAUAAAGGAAUCAGCAGGAGAGGAAGGGGUAGGGACUGUUGUCUUGGAUACAUUGACAAGUCCUGGUGUCUGUACUGCGAUGACAACAGAUAUACUGCCAGUCACAAUAAUUAUCCCACUACCAUAGACGUCCCCUCCUCCAGCUCCCACAGAGUAGGAGUGUAUCUGGACUGGUCAGCCGGCACUCUGUCCUUCUAUAGAGCCUCCUCUGACACACUGACCCACCUGAUCACAUUCACCUCCACAUUCACUGAGCCCCUCUAUCCAGGGUUUAGGGUUUGGGAUGAAGGCGACUCAGUGUCCCUCUGUCAGUGAUACACACACACAC